AUGCCCGGCCGAGACCCGGAGCCGCUGGCCGGCAGCGCCCGAGCGGGCAAGCCCCGGCCGCGGGCGGGGGCGGAGGCGGCGGGCGGCUCGGCGCUGCCCGGGGCCGUGCGGGCGCUGGAGCUGGCCGAGGCCCGGCGGCGGCUGCUGGAGGUGGAGGCCCGGCGGCGGCUGGUGCUGGAGCUGGAGAGCCGCGUGCAGCAGCUGCACCGCGUCUUCGUGCAGGCCGAGCUGCGCCUGGCCGGGCGCGCCGAGAGCCUGGCCCGCCUGGGCAGCGGCGCCGGCCAGGCCCAGAUCUACCUGGCGGCCCACGGGCAGCGCCUCAAGAAGAGCCUGCGGCGCUCCCGGAAGGCGCGGCCGCCCGCCCUGCUGGCCUCGGCGCUGGGCGGCUGCGUGCCCUGGGCGGCGGGCAAGCUGCGCCGCGGCCGGGCGGGCGCCCCGGAGCCGCCCGAGUCCCCCUUCAAGAGGAGCCUGCCGGGGCCGCCCCCGGCCUGA